AUGCAGAAGAAAAUUUAAUUCAUGUAACCAGAAAAUAUGCAAUGGUUUACAAGAUUUUCAUGAUUUCACUAAGGGUUCAAAUUAAUUGGCCAGUCUUUGCUUGGGUCGUUUGUUAUUUCAGCGAAUUAAAUUUUAAAUUAUUUCCCUAAUUACCCUUUACACUAGAACGAGCAUAGCUUAUACACUUAUUACUAAAUUAAAAAGGUUUGUUUGGGCUUUUCUUUAUAGGUAUAAAGUCUAUGUGAAUUUUCAAUAGGGAUACGCAAGCUUUUUAGUUUCAAAGAAAAUUCGCCAACUAACAGCUUCUCUGCACGUCACUGUGUCAGAGAAAACGCCUUUCGAAGACAUUCCAUACAAAAACAGUUUAGUCAGCAAAAUAUCCAGCAACCCUAAAUACCGACUUGGCAGCAGCAGCAGCAGCACCAUCAUGCCACCUAAAGAGGAAAAUGAAUUGAAGAGCUGUGCACCAGCAGUAGGCAGCAUCAGUUGAGUUUAUUGUAUCCAUGGGAGUGGAUAAUGUGCUUUCGGUUUAUUCUCUCACGCGAAGCAAGGUAUUUAGUGCUUUUUGGGGCUUGGCAGCCUAAAAGCGGGACAAAUUCGGCUCUAAGCCUAUACAUAUAAAACAAAUGAUUUAUGUGCAUUACAAGAGGAAGAAUCAUCAUAAUUCGUGUUUAGUUUAGUUUCAUAAAUUAUUGAAUGAAUACUAAAAGAAAUUACAAUUACGGGUAAUAACGAAUCUAAGGAGUAUAACAAAUACUGCAAAUUUUUUUUAUUAAAAAUACUAAAUCAUGGUAAUUCCGCAUUGUAAUGCCUUCAUUCGAUUGCUUCGAUCUGCGGCUUGGACGAAUUCAAAAAUUUAAUGAAUAAAACAACAACAAAAACAAAGCAUUUACAGUGUUCAAAAACAGACGAAAUAUUAUUUGAUUUACAUAUUUCCAGUAGUAAAGCGUGCUAUAUAAUACCACCAAAAUGCCAGCGGGUCGAGUAGCCGGUAAAGCUGGAUAUUCCAAUCAUUACUAUAAUGGACGCUCCUAUGUUGGCAUCAACGAAGAAAUCAUGUGGGUCAGCAUAGGAAUGGGCGUAACGAUUGCGAUUCUCAUAACCAUAGCGUUAUGUUAUAUUGCACGUGAAAAAUGCCAAAAACGCCAACGUGAAUAUUAUGUGACUGCGUAGUUCCUUUUUCAAUUAGCCUGCUAUAAACACGAUUUAUUAUUCUUGAUGAAUGUCGUCUUCGUCAAUUGCGAAUUCAUUGGUAAUAGUUAUUUAAUAUAUAUAGCUUUCCAGAGGAUGACAUAAUCCAACUCAUUACCAAGUUCAUCGAUUUUGGCGGAAGGUGAGAUGUUCAGGAUUAGUAGAAUUUAUGAAAAAAGCUGAUUUUACAACGUUUGAAAUAUAAAUGUAACGCACAAGAAAACAUCACACUUCCGUAAAUUGAAAAAGGUAUAUUGAAUAUUGUAUGUAGAUAUGUAUGAAUGUAAGUAGAUAAAAAAGUUCAAGUACAU